AUGGAGCGCGCCAAUCGCAAGUACAUCCUGACGCAAGGCCCGCUGGCGUUCACCGUCAGCCAUUUCUGGCUCAUGGUGUGGGAGCAGAACUCGCGCGCCAUCCUGAUGCUCAACAAAGUUAUCGAGAAGAACGAGCUCAAGUGCCACUGGUACUGGCCGCAGGGCGUCGGCGAGCAGCACAAGAUGACCCUCGUGGACGUCAAGCUGACCGUCGAGCAGAUCAGCGAGGACGAUCGCAACUACUACUCGACCAGGGUGUUCAAGAUCGUGGACAUGGAGAGCUCUGAGAGCCGCGAAGUGAUCCAGUUCCACUACACCACCUGGCCGGACUUCGGGGUGCCCUCGUCGCCCGUGGCGUUCCUGGACUUCCUGCAGACCGUGCGCGCCUCCGGGACGCUCGAGCCAGACGUGGGUCCGCCGGUGGUGCACUGCAGCGCCGGCAUCGGCCGCUCGGGCACCUUCUGCCUGGUGGACUCCUGCCUCGUGAUCAUCGAAAACGAGGGUCUCGCCAACGUGAACGUGCAGCAGAUCCUUCUGGAGAUGCGCAAGGACCGCAUGGGGCUCAUCCAGACGCCCGACCAGCUGCGCUUCUCCUACCAGGCCAUCAUCGAAGGCACCAAGCGGAUGGACCCCAACUGGCAGGACGACAAGGAGAGCUUGUACUCGUCGGUGCAAGAGGAGACCGAGGCCGACGAGGAGGCGCCGCCGCCGCCGCCGCCGCGCGCCGAAAGCCUGACGCGAGCGCCGGCGCGUCCUCUGCCGGCCAUUCCCACCAGCACCUCCUUGGGCAACUUGGCCUUCCCCGCGGGCCAGGAGUCGUCGGACGAGGGCCCGCCCACGCCCCCCGCGCGCGGCUCCUCCCCCUCGGCGCCCGCGUCGUCGGCCGACGACGAGGACGACGAGCCUGUAUCCACACCGACUGAAAGCACCGACCGCAACGAGCUUCGCCGACGUCAUACACGCGAGUUAGCGGACCGCGUGUCGGCGAUGAAGCGGCGCGCGCGCGAUGCGGACAAGUGGCACGCGCUCAAGAGGUUUAAAUCAGUCGAAACACCUCAGAGUGAACACCGCGAGGGGACAGGCGCAUAGUAAAUUUGAACGGUACUAACGGUAAUGUCACAGUUGUCAAUGCAUCCAGUGAGCUAACGCCAUUUGUGUUCGUGGGACAAGUGUCAUCUGUGUAAUGUUAUAUAAUAAAUCAAUAAGGGUUGUCGCUUUGUCUAAUGCAUUAAAGUACAAAUAUUUUUUUAAUAUUAUUUAAGAAUUAUUGUAACUCAAAUCAAUUCUGUUUAUUAUUAUACUUACCUACUUAUUUUUACUUAAAAUUACACGAUUGACACAAUUAAAUAUUUAUGAAAUUGCUUAAAUAAAGCUCAUUUUUAUACAACUACUCUACAAGAAUAACAUAUUGAUUUUAAUUAUUUUGUAAAAAGACGUACUAAAUCAUACUUAGGAAUCAUAUUUUACACAUCUGUCACUAACAAGUUGCCUUUUUGCUUUUCAUGAUUUGCAUGUUUCAUUAAAUUGUGUGAAAAUGAUCAUUAUAAUACCUAUAAAAUUUAUUUUCAUUCCAAAAUAUUUAGUUAGUGUUCCAUCUCAUAUUGUUAAAUUAGAUUUAUUUACAAAAGAAACUUUGAAAGCUAAAAUUACAAACUUUUGAACACUGUCAACGCCUUGUAACUAAUUCUGUAAUUAUUGAGUUGAGUAAGAAUCUAUGAAUCUCAUACAUAAGUAUUUAAACAAUAUGCAGUCAAUGAAGUAAUAGUUUGUUCAGCAGCGCACGCAGAGACAGCCCUUAAUGCCCCCCACCCCACCCCUCGCCCCUGUCGUUCGCGUCCGUUAGCUAACUGCGUAGGCAUGAGACUGUGGUGAUGUUAUGUCAAUAAUUAGAACAUAUCUUCGGCAGAGGUCAGCUUUCUGGUUCUCUGAGUUUACCAUAAGUAGGUUUUAUUCGACUGUAUCGUAGCAGUGUAGCCCGAUUAUUUGGUAUUUUAUUUACCUGGGAAGUUUCGCGAAAGUUUUGAUAACAUUUUCAUGUGCUUCAUAAGACACUCUUCGCCACACUUUGGUCAUAAGCCAAACAUAAUUAAUUAUUUGAUCGUACUCUAUUCAUAAAUAUUUAGCUAAAAAUAAUGACUCAACUCAGUAUAAUAUGUACUUAAAAGUACAGUGGCAAAACACGUGGCAAUGUGAUAAUAUUAAAGCCAAGAAACUAGAUAACGGGAAACUUUCCAGGUGACCUCGUUUUUACACAAAUGAUCAGUCUAGAUUUGCUAGUCAGGAAUAGUCCAGCUUCGUCCGUCCUCAAGACGAUGUGUCAAAAUUAUUCAAUGAUGUUUCAAGUUAUACUGAAACCAUCAAAAACGCAGACAGCGUUCUAUUACUAGAACGGCUGUAAGUUAUAUUAAUUAGUAGGCAUUGUCUGUUUGCCUCCACCAAGCGUUGGAACCUAUGCUAUGGGCAAUUUUAUGUUAUUGUUAAGUAGGUGUAAUACAAAGGAUUCCGUAUGCAAGUAAAAUCAUUUUUGGUCGAGUACCUACGGAACUCUUUAGUUGGCAUAUGUUUAGUUGCUCGUAUGUUUCUCGCUCAGCUCGAGCGCGCACCGAGUCUUCGAUUCUCUUCACUAUUCCAUAUAAAUGUAUUAGACGCUAUACCAAUAUAACUUGUACAUAAACGUGAACUAAGCAAGUUUAAUUUUAAGUCUUAGGAUAUUCAUUUAGUAUUUAUAUGUAGGUAAUUGAAUUAAUAUUUUUGUAAUAAAUCUUUAAUGGGGAGAUUUUCAGCGGACAUUUGUUAGUCUUAAUUGUGGUAUACGACUUUUGAUUUAUUAUUGAUGCACGCUUUAUUUAGACACAAUCGAGUCCAAGGCUGCCGAGACGGAAUGUAGUGGCAACAUUUUUUAAUUAAAUGUGCAUAAUAUUUAUGGUAUUGUCCGUCUCACCUUAGUUCCCCAUCUUGCCAGAUUUAUAGUUAGUAUAAUUUAUGUACCAUCGACAAUAAAAUCGUGUAUUUAUCGUCCCCCAUUAUAGGUAAUGCCCGCGCAUUGGGUGCAUAGAAACUUUUAUCAUUUGUCAUAAUAAUAUGCAUUGUUAAAUCGGAAUCCUACAUAGACAGUAUUAAACGUAAAUAUUCUAUGGCCAGGUAUAAUAUUAUGUGUAUUUUAAUAGAAAUAUGAAUGGUGUUGCCAGAUCGCGUGCAAAGGUACAAUUUUAUUUGUGAACUAGCAAAUGUUUGACGUUCAAUUACUUGACUGCAGAAGUAUCUCGCAGCACGAUGCAUAUACCUCGAGGCAUGCGUUCGGUGAACGCGGUAGAUUGUAUUAAUUUAAUUGUUAAGGGUUCUUAACUGGUAGAUGCUCCGCCGGACGUCUGCCGCAGCAUUUAAGGCUUGUUUCGCGGCGCGGGCCGUGUCCGCAAACUUCUUGUGAUCUUUGUAGAUUGUUUAAAGGUACCAUUGUUUGUUUACUCGCACCCGUAAAAUACUAAUAAUAUACGUACAUAAAUGUAAUCAAAUGUCACGAAAUACAUAAUAAAAUGUU